AUGGAAGGUAAAGGUGACCUGAGUAGUGAGGAGGCACCUGAGAUGAUCAAACCCACAAGGAAAGCCUUCAUCAAAACCCAGGGAUUCGGAAGAACAACUGUUGCUAAGCGAGAGGGUGUGGGAGAUGUGGAGGUAGGCUCACAGGGGCAGCAGCCCCCACGGCAGCACAGCCUGGCCUUGGGACGCAGUGGGAGGUGGCCACAGUGCACCGAGCCAGUGGAGGAAUCCCUUACAAUAGUUCAGUGCCGAGGAAGGAAGAACGCUCAUGUCUCCUUUGAAGAUUCCAGUGAGCCAAUGUCUUGUCCAGUCCCAGAUGUUGAAACUGCCUUGGAAGGGAGGAUAGGAAGUACCUCUGAGAUGAAAAGUGGCCCCCACUCUGGUUCCUUGAGUGUACAGGAGCGACCUGUCUCUUCUGGAAAGGCCACAGGAAGCAAGGAGGAGGACACCUCCGACAAUGACAGUGAUGGCCUGACUUUGAAGGAGCUUCAGAAUCGCCUUUGGAGAAAGCAAGAGCAAGAGCCACCUGACAGGCCCCUGAAAGGCAUCCAGAAUCACCUGAGAAAGAAGCGUCGGGAGGAGAAUCCCACAGAAACUGUGCAUGUCGAGGCAGGAACUACUGUCGAGAAUGCUCUGCCCAGCAAGCAAGAGCCAGAGACUGUCCAGAGGGUUGUGUCCCAGGCAGUGACCAAUGACCAAGAGAGUCAGCGGGAGAGGGCAGCAGCUCAGCAAGUGAAAGGUGAAGAGAGCAGGGACUCGGGCAAGCCUAAGCCUGAAUGUGAGCUGCACAAUCCCAACACCCUGGACCGCAUGUGUCUCCAGCCUCGUAACAAUAGGUUUAUGAGUUGCUGUGACCGAUGUGAAGAACGGUUUCGUGGCAAUUCUGGGGGCGCUUCUCAGGCUCGAGGAAGGCUUUUGGAAAGGAACAGGGAAGAUUAUAUCUGCCCAAACUGCACCGUUCUGCAAGUGCAGGAUGAGACUAAGGCAGAAACCACAGAUCAUCAGGAAACUAAAUUUAGACCUGGAGAUGCUGAUGACACAGAGUUUACAAGUACAGGAAAAGUGGAGCAAAAAUCUAGUGAAGACCGAAAGAUAAAGAGGAGAGUUGAGAAAGCUGCAAAUCCAAGUGGCAAGAAAAAACUCAAGCUUUGCCAGCCUGUGGUAGAGGCUCCAGGCACCUCCAGGUGUACCAGACCUGGGCGCUCCACUGUGGUGCAGCCCAACCUGGCCUACUGCAGCAAGGACCGCAUUCUUAAACAUGCUGCAGCUACUAUGAAAUGCUUAAGUUCAGGCAAAGAACAGAAGCCAAAACCUAAGGAGAAGAUCAAGAUGAAGCCAGAGAAGCUCCGUCUUGCACAGUAUAGUGUUCAGGGAAGCAUUAAAAGCUCUUCUCUGCACGAGAGACCAGCUCCAGAAAAAAAAGAAGGCACAGUGAAGAAGGCGGUGGUGGCUUUUUCUAGGAGCAAAUCCCUCAGGAAGGAGACAAUUUGUGAAAGCAGCAUGCCAUCCUGGGCAAGCAACCAGAAUUACAGUGCAGUAAAGCUGGAAAAGACUUCCACUAAUUGGAGAGCAGACCCCAAGACUCCAAGUGUGGGGGUUGCGGAGACAGUGCACAUUGGAGAGAGGAAAAGAUGGGGAAAAAUGCUUUCAGGGGGCGGGGUUCCUGAGGCUGAUAUCGGGUCCAUUUCCAGUCUGUGUGACUGUGUACAUUGUGAGAAGUCCUGUGGCAUAGAGCUGAGCAUUGCUGCUGCUUGUGGAGGUGGCCUUGCCAACAUCCUCUGCUCCCACAUGGCUGGUGCUGCCCUCGCCAGGAAGGCAGACGGAAGAGCAGAGGAGAAGGCCGUGGUGGCCUCGGCCUCAAACAGAAAAGCCUGCCCGGGCUGCUUGGUGGGCAAACGACCAUCACCAAGACAUCUCGCUCCAAAGAUGUCUCCUCCAUUUGCUAAUGUGGCAGCAGCCAAACCGGCCAUUAAAAAGGCACCCUCUAGCUUCAAGGGCACCAUCUCACAAAAGACGUGGCUCUCGGGCACCCCAUCAUGUGGCACUUCUGCUGUCAGGCAGACGGUGGUUUCCAGACAGUUCCCUGGAUCUGCUGCUUUGGUUGGAGCCAUUGGGAAGCCGGUAACAACUUCUCUUCCUGUGGCCUCUCCAGUCCCAGGACACCUUGGGACCUGGAGCCCUGCCCAGUCACAGCCCAGUUCACAAAUUCGGCAGAAUAUACGAUGCUCCUUGAAAGAGAUUUUGUGGAAAAGAGUCAGUGACAGUGAUGACUUAAUCAUGACAGAGAAAGAAGUAGGAAACAUCGCCCUUCAUCUGGAGAAGGAAAUGUUUAACUUGUUUCAAGUUACAGAUAUUCGCUACAUGAGAAAAUACCGCAGCCUCCUGUUCAACCUCAAGGAUCCUAAAAAUCAGGGACUCUUCCGUCGUGUUUUGCGUGGAGAAAUCUCUUUGGCAAAACUUGUGAGAAUGAAGCCAGAAGAACUUGGAUCUAAAGAAAUUUCCCGGGGGAAAGAGAAACUGAUGACAUCUGUGAUAGAAUCCAGAACUUAAUUGUGCCAUGAAGGCAAAAAGACUGACAUUAAACAGGAAACCAUUCCCAGUAUAAAAGAUUCUACACCCGUGUCAGACUUAGGUGAACAGCAAGAAUCAGUACAAGCUGUCCCUGAAAAAAGCCCCCAGCCCCUUCUGGAUGUCCGUAGCAGUUUGUCGAAAGACACAAGAAGCCAGCAUGAGGCGCAUCUUUUUAAUCUAAAUUGUAAAAUCUGUACAGGUCAGAUUUCCUCAUCAGAAGAUGAGCCACCUCUGAAAAAACAGAAAUUGUUGGCUUCUGCUAAGAAAGAAGACUUAAAAUCCAAGUGUGUCAGCUCUCCAUCUGAUCCAGUUCCUAACUCAGCUGAUGAAGGAACACCAGGAACUCUGCCCAGAAAUGCUUCUACGCCAGACCUGGAAAGAGCUUCUCAUUCAAACCUGGAGAGAAAGUAUUACCCUGGGCCCCCAGGAGAUGUCAUUCUUGAGCUCUCCCCAGUGGAAGGCCGUGGGGAUGCAGUGGUCACCACUGUCACUAUGUCCAGCUGGGACUCCAGGACUGGUCCAAGUGGAUCAUGCACAGUGACAGCCUCCAUACCAGCCCAGCCAGACAGUACCCAUGUGGUAGAAACCAAACAAGACACACUGAUGCCUGCUUUGACUUCUUUGGCGGUGCCCAGGUUCAUACUGGCUAAGCGGUCCUCAUCCCUGUCAGUUCCAUCACAGAAUAUCAGUGUCUCAGAGUCACGUUCCUCUCCAGAAGGAGAUACGACCCACUUUUUAUCUCAACUCAGCACCAUUUGGAAAGGAUUUAUUAACAUGAAAAGUGUAGCAAAAUUUGUCACUAAGGCAUAUCCUGUCUCUGGCUGUUUUGAUUAUCUCAGUGAGGACUUGCCCAACACAAUUCACAUCGGUGGGAGGAUCGCACCGAAGAUGGUUUGGGAUUAUGUUGGUGAACUCAAGUCUUCUGUGUCUAAGGAGCUCUGUCUGAUCCGCUUUCACCCCCUGACAGAGGAAGAAGAGGUUGCCUACGUUUCUCUCUACUCCUACUUGAGCAGUCGUGGCCGUUUUGGUGUUGUACCUAAUAAGACCAGGCACAUCAAGAACCUCUACCUCAUUCCACUGGGUGCUAAGGACCCUAUUCCAUCCUCACUCUUGCCCUUUGAGGGACCAGGUAAGCACCAACUUUCUGGGUGGUGA